AUGGGUUUGGUUGGUUGGUUGGUUGGUUGGUUGGCUGGUUGGUCGCUUGCUUGGUUGGUUGGUUGCAUGGUUGGUUGGUUGGUUGAUUGCUUGCUUGGUUGGUUGGUUGGUUGGUUGCAUGGUUGGUUGGUUGGUUGGUUGCAUGGUUGGUUGGUUGGUUGGUUGGUUGGUUGGUUGGUUGGUUGCAUGGUUGGUUGGUUGGUUGGUUGGUUGGUUGGUUGGUUGGUUGCAUGGUUGGUUGGUUGGUUGGUUGCAUGGUUGGUUGGUUGGUUGAUUGCUUGCUUGGUUGGUUGGUUGGUUGGUUGCAUGGUUGGUUGGUUGGUUGGUUGCAUGGUUGGUUGGUUGGUUGGUUGGUUGGUUGCAUGGUUGGUUGGUUGGUUGGUUGCAUGGUUGGUUGGUUGGUUGGUUGGUUGGUUGGUUGGUUGGUUGGUUGCAUGGUUGGUUGGUUGGUUGGUUGCAUGGUUGGUUGGUUGGUUGGUUGAUUGCUUGCUGUGUUGGUUGGUUGGGUGCAUGGUUGGUUGGUUGGUUGGUUGGUUGGUUGGUUGGUUGGUUUCUUGGUAG